GUGUCAAGUUUCAUUAGUAAAAAGUUAUGCAACCACUGUCUAUGUCACUGGGAGUCGCCACGAAGGGGAGGGACUUACGCACAGAGGGACAAUGCAUUUGUUUGUGCAACGGCCCCUGAGUGGCGGCUGGCUCUGUUGGAUCUCUUCUGAGCUUGACUACGGCUUCUGCACACAUUGUCAGUGUGCAUAGGAGAAAGAGGGAGGCUUGAUCGAACCCGUCAAUGCACUGACUGAGAGUGGCUGUUCUCACAGACAGGAAGGGUGUGAAGGUUGGUGCACCGUGCCAGCAGGCUGGCCGGGUGGACCCUGGAAGUCUGUGCUGAAACCUUUGCUGGUGGGAAGAGAAUUGGAGAAAACUGUUAAAGUAUGGCCAAGAUGGCCGAGCAGAAAGUCAGCCUCCCUGCUAAGCUGAUUAAUGGGGGCGUGGCUGGACUAGUGGGCGUGACCUGUGUGUUUCCCAUAGAUCUUGCUAAGACCCGCCUCCAGAAUCAGCAGGGUGCUCGUGUCUAUAGCGGAAUGAGGGACUGCUUGGCGAAGACCAUCAAAAUGGAGGGAUACUUUGGCAUGUAUAGAGGUGCAGCCGUAAAUCUUACUCUGGUCACUCCAGAGAAAGCCAUCAAACUGGCUGCCAAUGACGUCUUCAGGCAAAAGCUCUCCAAAGAUGGAAAAUUACCUCUGUGGGGAGAAGUCCUCGCCGGCUGCGGGGCAGGAACCUGUCAGGUGGUAGUCACCACCCCCAUGGAAAUGCUUAAAAUACAACUUCAGGAUGCUGGGAGGUUGGCUGCUCAGCGAACUGUCGCUGCUUCUGCCCCUGUGGCUGGUCCAACCCCCUCACUGGUUGCCUCUCGGACUGCCCAGUCAGGCGCCGCUGCCCCCCUUCGACGGUCAGCGACCCGUAUCACCCUGGAGCUUCUUAAAACUCGAGGCCUGAGAGGUCUUUAUAAAGGUGCUGGAGCUACGCUGAUGAGGGACGUCCCCUUCUCGAUGAUCUACUUCCCACUGUUCGCUAACCUCAACACAGUGGGCCGAAGAGAGGAUCGCCAUAGCAACCCCCAGGAGCGGGCCCCCUUCCUGCAGUCCUUCAUGGCUGGAUGCACGGCCGGCUCGGUGGCCGCAGUAGCUGUUACUCCUCUGGACGUUAUAAAGACACGUCUACAGACCCUACAGAAGGGAGAGGGGGAGGACUCAUACAGAGGGAUCAUUGACUGCACACAACGCAUUUUAAAACGAGAGGGACCAGCCGCAUUCCUCAAGGGAGCAACGUGUCGAGCAUUGGUCAUCGCUCCGCUCUUCGGCAUUGCCCAGGGCGUGUACUUCCUAGGCAUCGGUGAACAAGUGCUGGGGCUGCUGGGAUAACAGCUGAUGAUGUCACCUCAAUCAUCAAACACACAGUACUGUUUCUACACAGGACAUGGUAACAAGUGAGAAGAUGAGUGAUGUGUAAAGACUUAGAAAGGAGAUUUUGAGAAGUGAAUAAAAGAUAAUUGAAUGAAAUCCACAUACCCGACCAAAGGAGGUUUCCAACACUUGUGAAUAAGAAAGGAGGGUGUGUAAUGCUAACAUAAGAGCCACUGUUAUUGCAAACUAAUCAUGUUAAAGUACCUAAAGGCUGUAAACAGGGUUCUUAAGGUAAGACAGGGUCCUGUUUUUAAAGCCCCUAUUUACCAUAAUUUUUAAACCUGCAUGAUUAAUGAAAAACAUGAUGAGAAAGUCAUUGUUAGUGAAUGAGUUUGAUGUAUUUAGAUGGAAGAUUUGAAUCAAAAAGAGAAGCAGAAUCACUGAUCGUACAGGGUCUGAUUUGAACUGUGUAAUCUGGUUGCUAUUUUAAUCCAUUCGUAAAUCUGGGCAUCUGUGCCGAGGCCUUCCUGUGCACACGUUCCUUUGUGGGACAAAAUCUCAUGUCUUGUAGGCAAAAUAAUGACCAUUGUGGGCUUCAUUUUUUAAUGCUUCUCUAAAUGAUCUUGUUCAUUGCAGAAGAAAGAAAUGUAAUGCAACAAAGCCUUAUUCUUGCCACUGAACGAAAAUUUAAAAAAGUAAAAAUUAACAACACAUAAAAAGGACCAGUGGCUUAAUGGUAUUAAAGUUUUGAAACAAUUUUACAAAUACAUAUUAUUUAUAUUCAUUAUAUUAUACAUAUAUAUUAUAUGGAUUGUUUAAAAAUGAAUAUUGCCCUACACUUUUUUUACUGGGAUAUUAUUUUCUCAUUCUGUAAUCAAAGGCAUGAUAAUUCCUGUUAGAAUUAGACUGAAACGUAUAAAGUAUACAUAAAAAUGCUGAUAACUUGAAAACUGAGACCAAGAUUGUUUAUUCAUACCUGCAA